GAGUCUGAUUUGGCAGCUUUGUAUCCACCACCACCACCAUACUACAAGUUUUUCACGGCUGAGAACAUUGAUAAGGCCAAAAUAUGGUUGAAGGAGAAUGAAGAUAGUUACAAUGAUGAUAAUGAUGAAACAAAUUACCCCAAGGAAGAAUUCAGGUUCUUGAUACCUCCAAAGAAACCUACGGGACCACACUAUCGAUGUUUCGGUAAUAUAUGGCCAUUUGAUGACAAGAUACCCACUUUGAAAGAGCAAAAUAUCCCCCAGCUAUAUCAGGACAUAACUUCAUCACAGCAUGGUCAAGAUCCCACGCAAGUUGAAUUGGAAAAAUUGACCAAAUCAUUGUUAGUUGUGUUUCUUGAGAUAAUUGGUAUAAUUUCAAUAAAUCCCAAUGUUUACCAAGAGAAUCUUGAGAGAUUACGGAUAAUAUUAAUAAAUAUACACCAUUUAUUAAACGAAUAUAGGCCUCAUCAAUCUCGAGAUACGUUAAAAUUAUUAUUGGAAAAACAAAUUGAUAUUAAGAAUAGAGAGAUCAUGAAGAUUGACAAUGAUUGUAAAGUGGUAAAAGAUAAAAUAUUCAAAAUUGUUGAA